AUGACGUUAGAAGCAUACGAGCAACUUUGGGAUACUUCCCACGAGUUUCUUACAAAACAUGUCACUUUUGUACAUUCCGUUACUAAACUGAUGCUGGAAAGGGCGAGUUAUUUACGCAACCAAUUGAUUUCCGAAGCCAGGGAGAAUAGCACAUUCGCAUCGGACUUCGAAAAAGCACAUAUUGAACUUCAGCAUAUGACCAAAUCAUUGCAAGCAUUUGUAGGCGAAUGGCACAGUUUGUUUGGAAUGGAAACAGUGAAUUCAAUUACAGAAAUAGCUCGCCAAUGUUCAGUUCCCCGCAAUAAGUUAACAUUGGAUUGUAGUAAACCGAAAUUGGAGUAUAACUUGAAUCAAAAAAUUCAGCUUAUGGUUACGUACAUUUUGAAUUCACAACAAGGAUAUUUUUAUGCAAUGGAUAAAUCUAAAACAGAGGAAUUUGCUAAUCAACUAACACCGCUACAACAGAUACCCAAGGUUCUGCUCACUAGGCUACCAUCAGCCGGGACAAUGUUUAUCCUUAAACUAGAUGGAAUAUGGCACCGAGCUGUACGCACUGAUACCACUGGAGGCCAGCCCAACUUAGCUGCAGUUUUUCUGGUAGAUCUUGGAGAAAUAUUGACCUAUGAAGAAGAAAUUCCUAUAGCUGAACUUUCCAUAGAGCUGAGCAAAGUUCCGGCAUAUGCAAUAAAGUGCCGGCUGGCGUCUAGUGAUUGCCAAAUUCUAUUUAACUUAUAUGAUACGAUAUCGUGUAAAGUGGUUGCGACAGAAAAUGAACAUAUGGUAGUGGAAAUGAGUCAAGAAAAAAUAGUCGCUAUUACUAGAGAUAAUUUUACUGAAGAAGAAUUGAAACAGUUAGAUGACUCACCAGAAGGAACAACAAAUGCCAUGAAAGCUGUGCUUGGCUAUGUACCGAGAGAUGAUAUCGAAAUAUGUAAGCAUUAUGAUCCACGAACAAAGCGGUGUUUCAAAGGAAGCAAUUGCAAACUGAGGCACGAAGAAAAAGAUCCUGAAGGAUGGACUCUUGACAAGGAUACGGUUUCGGUGGCUAUCCCAGCGCAAAUGGAAUUUCCUUUGCCGAAUAGUUAUGUGCAGUUGCAACCAACAUUCAUCGUGGAUGUUGAAAAAUUUUAUGCACAGUUAAUUUCAAACUCGAAUAAUAGCAAAGCUUUUGCGUUGCUAGUUGGUACUAUGAACGAUCCAGAAAUAAUAGCUGAAUACAAACCGCUGAAACUGAUGCCAUCUCUCGGAGAAUUAGUCAUAGCAAAAUAUGAAGAUGUGUGGUAUCGGGCCACAGUGUGUGACAUAUUCGAGGAUGAUGUGAGCGUGUUUUACGUAGAUUAUGGCAAUACAGCCAUUGUGAGUGCGCACGAUGUCCGACGUUGGGAAGAUCGUUUCAAAUUUUUACCGUACCAAGCAAUUUGUUGCCGUAUCGCAAAUAUCCGUCACAUUAAACCAUAUCAUAUAGAAGCAAUUCAGCAGCUUAACUAUUCAAUACUGGACAAAUCAUUGAGAGCACUAGUCAUUGACAAUAAAUAUCCGUGGGAGGUGCAACUUUUCGACAAUGAAGGCUUCGACAUAGGUAAAGCAAUGGUAAUGACAAAACUAGCACUUCCCCGCAUCCCAUGCAAGUUUGAUGAAAAUGCAUAUAUUCCUGGAUAAACGUAAAAAGUGAACUGGGAACGAUCCGUUUAUUGAAAAUAUUUUCAAAAAUACAUCCAGACAAGUAA